CUGAACAGCGCCCGCCACCGUUGCCUCGUUGCGGCUCCUUCUCCUGCUACUGCUGCUGCUCUUCUUCUUCUUCUCCGGAGAGGCGAAGGUGGCGGACGGGCCCCGCGGCGCUGAGAGCGGCUGGCCGGCGAGCGAGGCUCCUGGGAGCACCGUUUCCUUUCUUCCCCCCCUUCCUCCUCCUCCUCGCUCUUGCCCUGCGGCUCGUCCCGGCUGGGCGCCCCUCGCCUUUCCCUUAAGCCCCGAGCCGCCGGGAUGAGCCCCGCUGCCGCCGCCGCCGCCGCGCGCUGCCUGGAGGCGGCCCCGGCGAGGAGGCGGCGCGGGUGAAGCAGCUCCGGAGCGGCGGCGGCGAGAGGGGUGCAGCGCCCCUCGACCCCGGCGGAGGCAGCCGUUUCUGCAGUGUGUAUCUGCGUGAAACCUGAAGGAAGGGACUGGAGCAAUUGCUGCUGUCCCUACUGCCAAUUCAUCAGCUUCCACUGCAGGAGCGAUAAGAACUGGAAGCUAUCCUGAUGAAUCCAAAAGAAUGAUGAAGUCCUCUUUCCAUGUAGAAGAGGAUGAUUUUGUGCCUGAGCUUCAGAGAAGUAUUCAUCCCCGUGAAAGACCAGAUUGGGAAGAGACCCUCAAUGCAAUGGCAAGAGGAGCAGACAUCCCUGAGAUUUCUGGAGAGUUAUCCUUGCGAACCUGUGGCAGCACAGCUAGCAUGAAAGUGAAAAAUGUGAAAAAGUUGUCCUUCACCAAAGGCCAUUUUCCAAAGAUGGCAGAAUGUGCGCACUUCCAUUAUGAAAAUGUGGACUUUGGCAAUAUACAGCUUUCACUCCCCGAGGAACAGAAUGAAGUAACAAGAAAUGGCUGUGAGUCCAAGGAACUUGUCUACCUGGUACAAAUCUCUUGUCAGGGCAAGAGCUGGAUUGUGAAGAGGAGUUAUGAAGACUUUAGAGUGCUUGACAAACAUCUCCAUCUAUGUAUUUAUGACCGACGCUUUUCUCAGCUCUCCGAGCUGCCCCGUGCUGAUGCCCUGAAGGAUAAUCCGGAGCUUGUUACCCAGAUGCUGAUGGCUUACCUCUCCCGACUCUCAGCCAUUGCCGGCAACAAGAUAAAUUGCGGUCCUGCUCUCACAUGGAUGGAGAUUGAUAAUAAGGGGAAUCGCCUCCUGGUUCACGAAGAAUCAUCCAUUAAUGUUCCUGCUAUUGCAGCUGCCCAUGUUAUCAAGAGAUACAUCGCCCAGGCAGGAGACGAACUCUCCUUUGAGGUUGGAGAUAUUGUUUCUGUUAUUGAUAUGCCUCCAAAAGAACUGACCACUUGGUGGAGGGGAAAACAUGGAUUUCAGGUGGGAUUCUUUCCUAGUGAAUGUGUUGAACUAAUUAACGACAAAGUUCCUCAGUCAGUGACCAAUUCUGUACCAAAGCCAGUGUCCAAAAAACACGGCAAGCUUAUUACUUUCUUGCGUACAUUCAUGAAGUCUCGACCAACAAAGCAGAAACUGAAACAGCGUGGGAUCUUAAAGGAGAGGGUGUUUGGCUGUGAUCUUGGAGAACAUCUUCUCAACUCAGGCCACGAUGUUCCCCAGGUCCUCAAGAGUUGCACUGAAUUCAUUGAAAAACACGGUAUCGUGGAUGGAAUAUACCGUCUGUCUGGGAUCGCAUCCAAUAUCCAAAAACUACGGCAUGAGUUUGACUCCGAACAAAUCCCUGACUUGACAAAAGAUGUCUAUAUUCAGGAUAUACACUGUGUGGGUUCACUCUGCAAGCUUUACUUUCGUGAACUCCCCAAUCCUUUGCUCACUUACCAGCUCUAUGAGAAAUUUUCAGAUGCUGUAUCUGCUGCAACCGACGAAGAAAGACUGGUGAAAAUCCAUGAUGUCAUCCAGCAGUUGCCACCACCACACUACAGGACUCUGGAAUUCCUUAUGAGGCAUUUGUCACACCUGGCUGAAUAUUGUGCCAUCACAAACAUGCAUACAAAGAAUUUAGCCAUUGUCUGGGCACCAAACUUACUAAGAUCGAAACAGAUAGAAUCUGCUUGCUUCAGUGGAACAGCAGCUUUUAUGGAAGUGCGAAUCCAAUCCGUGGUUGUGGAAUUCAUUCUCAAUCAUGUGGACGUCCUUUUCAGCUCUAAACUCAGCUCCGUUAUUCGAGAGAGUGCAGGUCACAGUUCCUUGUCGCGACCUAAAUCUUUGCUGGUGUCCUCCCCCUCCACAAAGCUGCUUACCUUAGAGGAAGCCCAAGCAAGGACACAGGCUCAGAUAAAUUCUCCGGCCCCUGCAGAUAGCAAAUACAUCGAAGUAGGCGAGGGACCCGCUGCUUUGCAGGGAAAGUUCCAUACCAUCAUAGACUUUCCAUCUGAAAGAAAGAGACCUCCCAGUAAGAUGAAAAAAUCUCCCGUGGGCAGCUGGCGUUCCUUCUUCAAUUUGGGAAAAUCAUCCUCUCUUUCCAAACGGAAACUGCAGCGCAACCCAAGUGAGCCAUCGGAAAUGAAGGCAAUAGCUCUGGCAGGAGGAAGAGGAGAGAGUGGAACCCUACGCUCCACCAAAAGUGAAGAGUCUCUUUCAUCUUUGCAUGCUAUCGAUGGUGAGUCUAAACUCUUUCGACCCCGAAGACCAAGGUCGAGCAGCGACGCUUUAUCCGCUUCUUUCAACGGGGAAUUGUUGGGGAACAUGAAUCGUUGCAAUUCUUACGACAACCUGCCCCACGACCAAGAGAGCGACGGAGAUGAGGGACACCUGCAGGUUCCCGCCCUCAUCUCCCCCAGGUUGGCGGAGGACGUUGAUCUGAGCCCUCCUGAGAUCGGAGUGGCUAGUUUGGAUUUCGACCCCAUGUCUUUUCAGUGCAGCCCCCCCAAAGCAGAAUCCGAGUGUCUUGACAGCAGCACCUCCCUGUUGGAGUCAGUGGACUAUAACAAGGACAAGCCAAGCGUCUUUAAGAAAGAGCUAGACUCGGGCAGCCAAUCUCAUACGCCCUACAGUGCCACCAGCUCGGAGCCCGUUUCUCCUUAUCAAGAAAAAAACCCGAGUCCCUUCUUCACUCUGGAUCUGAGCCCAGCUGAAGACAAGCCCUCAAAGCUCCAGCCUUUCUCCGAGAAGCUCACCUGUGCCUACUCCCCCAAGUUGGCUCAAAAGCCAGUCAGAUCGCCACCGCUCCCUGCCUCCGAACCCGUUCCUUAUGCUCUCCCCAGCCGAAUGCCCGACGUGGUUACUGGAGGGGGGGUGUCGGAAAGCGGCGGCCCUUCGGAUUGGACUAAAAAAAACACUGACCACAACGAAGCUUCAAGCGUGUCCCUUUCCCAGCUCAUGGGGUCACCUUUGAAAAGCAGUGCAAGCAGGCCUGGUGAAGAACCCCAGCAAGAAUUCCAGAAUGCGGGAGAUACCAAGAAAGCAGAGUUUCAAGAAGAGGUGGAACAACUUGCUCUCGGCAGCGGCCAGAGUAAACCUGUACCUUCUGGACUGACACAGCCAGGAGCCGUUGCCCUUGACACCCCCCAGGAUUCUGUUCCAGUCAAUUCCGUUUCUGUUGUCCCUCCUCCACCUCCCAAAAAUGCUGCACGAAUCCUGGCUCUUGCCCUGGCCGAAUCUGCCCAACAAGCUUCAGUUCAAUCCCAGAAGAAGCCAGAUAUUUAUUCAGAUUGUAGCAACUGUGGGAAAAGUGAGAGUGCAGGAACUCUAGAAAAGUUCCACCCAUAUCCUGGCUGUGCUGCGGAAAGGCUCCCGUUCUAUGCUUCUCUGCCAGAGAACCCGCUCAAUUUUCAGAUGGUUGGGGAUCCUCAAAGAAGCGGAUUGCCUUUAGUUCAGGGCCCCGAAAGCAGUGACAUGUCUGAAGGCGACGACCAUCUCCAUGUUGGCACAUCUGAACAUCGGGACCACUCCACUUUCUCUAAUAACAUGGCAGGAGACCUUCACGGGCUGGGUACUAACAUGGGCUGGGACCACUCCCACUUCUAUCCGUGUACAGUGGGGGACACGCACCUUCUUACCGAAUCUUUUGCCCCAGAAGAUCAGAGUCAUCUUCAUUCCUGUCCUGAACGAACGGUUCAGGCGGAAUCAUCUACAGAGGAGAUAUCAGUGGAAAGUCCUCCUCUGCAUGCUGGUAUCCCUUUGGAUAAGAACCAGGCCAACAGGAUUCAUCUUCCCAUCUGUAAAAUGGAGGACAGACUUCACUUUCCUUCAGAUCUGGCCUGCGUCAUGAAGAACCACUCGGCAGCUGCCAAAUCUAAUCCUGGCAUGUCCAGACAAAACGUCCCACCUCAGCCUUCCACAGGCACCAGCAACAUUACAUGGGGGGAAGCAGUUCUUCCUACAGGAAGUCUCCAAGUUCUACCCAUAAGACCAGGGGACCAGCCGGCCGUGGGACAGACUCCUCCCACAAAACCUUCAGGAGAUUUCAGCCAGGUACAAGGAGAGGCAACUCCAGACAAAUUGCUGGAGCCUAGAACAGCCGAGCCGGCUCUCGUCUCAGGCGUUGAGGCCAGUGCUACAAUUCAGUGCACUUUGGCCACCCCAGUGUCUCUGUUUCACCAGGGACAUUUGGAGAAACCCCGAGAAAAUAUCAGGGCUCCACCUUUACAGAUGAGGUCCGAGUCUGUCCCAGCUCAAUCGCCCUAUGCUUUUAUGCCUCCAGCACCACCUGUGAGGACAAUGGAAAGUAAACUGGCAGCCGCCAUGCAUUCCAACAGCAAUGAUACGAUAAACCCUGCCAAUUUCCAAGCUUUUAUGGCUUCCCCCUCAUUGCCCCUGUCAGCAGAAGAUGUGUUGGCACCACCAAACCUGUCUAAGCAGGCAUCCCUUCCGUCUGCCUACUUCCCUCCCUCCAAGUCAGAAAGCAUGCCAGAGCCUUCAGCGCAUCCGAAACCCUCCUCAGCUCAUCAAUACAGGGCUGAAAAUAGCCAGCCCCACCUUUUCCACAGCAAGUCUGAGCAGCAUCCAGGCUAUCCUUCUCUGUCGGGGGCUCCCCUAAGCUCCCGAUAUAACGCCCAUGCCAGUCAAGGAAAGAGCUCGUACGUCCAUUACGCCAAGCCUCGCAGCCGGGUUGAAUAUCUGUCUUCCCUAAGCCCAACAAUGAGGAGCAGCAGCUGUGCGGAGGAAGCUCCACCCUACCCCACCAUCCGAAGGGUGCAUUCCCUACACGUGUCCACCCCCUCCGCCAUCCGAUCCGUUCCUAUCUCCCGCACCGAGGUGCCUCCCGACGACGAUCCCCUUUAUUGCCCAAGACCCCUCUUCCAGUACAAGUCAUAUCAGCCCCAUGGCGAUUAUCACGUCACUCAGUUGCAACCGUAUUUUGAGAACGGCCGCGUUCAUUACCGAUACAGCCCUUACUCCAGUUCCUCCAGCGUUUCUUGUUAUACCGCCGGCGAAGGUGGAUAUUACGACUUGGACCCUUACGGUACAGUGAGGCUGAGACAGUUCCAUCCUCUCCCAGGCAGAGAUUUUGCAUCCUACUCCAAGUUACCAACCAAGAACCUCUAUCGCUGUCCUGGUUUACCACCCUACUCCCGGGGAGGUCCCCCUGGGCACCUAGCAGGCAAAGAACAUAGUUUCAUCAGCAGGGAUGUGCCACCUGCCCCUGAUGCCAAACCCAUGUAUGUCUCCUGGGACUUGGAAGAUAUGGAGAAAUACUGCAUGCAGUCCAUCCGCCGAGAGAGUCGUGCUCGUCAGAAAGUCAAGGGGCCGGUCAUGUCCCAGUAUGACAACGUAGCCCCUUUGCUGCAAGACGAGGUGCGGGCUACAGACAUUGUUCACUUGCGCAGCAAAUCUGAUCCUGGGAAAACUGGACUCCUGACUGUGGCUGAUGGGAAAGAAGGGAGAUACCUAGGCAAGGGAGGGGCACCCGAGGGAGAGGAACACUACUACGGGCCCCAGCCAGAACCUGACAUUGACCGAGCCCAUUACCGCGGGGGUUUUGGCAACGGACAGUCAGAGAAACCUCUGCUCCCUCAGAAACAAAGCAGCCUCAGGAGCAGAAAACCACACGAGGUCGGUUGUAAUUCCAUGGAGCACAGAAUGCACCUUGCACAUGAGGCAAUCCACAGGCAGCCGCUGGAGGCUAAAAAUGCCCCUUCCUAUCCCGAUUACCGACCAAAGGGCCACCCAUCGGAACCCACAGAAUCCCUGACAUAUCAGCACUCGGGUGGGAAAUACGUCCCAGCUAACCAUGACGUAUUGAGACUGAACCACAAAGAGGUAAAGCUGGCAGAGGAUAGGCUGGAUGGAGAGCGGGCUCGAUCAAGACUCCCGGCUGCUCUGGCUGAAAAGCACUCCAGAGACUGCUAUAAAGAGAGUGAGCACUAUGGACACCCUCCGGGACCACCACCUAAGCCGGAACGGAGCCAUAGUCUCCGGUUCCAGCACUCUGAGAGCACACCACGGGAUGCCGGUCUCCUGUACCCAUACCAAACCCUUGGCAAACGCCAAAGUACAACUGUGGUAUCCCAGUAUGAUAAUUUGGAUGAUUACCAUACUAUGCCUCAGCACCAAAGAGGGGGAGUUGCACCUUCUUUUACUCAUCCACAUGGUAGGACUUACGCCACAGCUUUGGGCCAAGGAGCGUUCCUACCAUCAGAGCUUUGCCUUCAGAGGCCAGAGACGGAAGUCCAUGCAGAGUGAGCUCGGGGGCCGAAGGGAUAGAGUGUAAGCAGCCUCUGCUGGACAGUGGACUGGUUUAUUUUUUCAAUGAUGCACAAACAUGCACACGAACACACAAAGCAACUCCUUCCAUUUUAGCCCUCUUGAGUUUCUGCCCUGUCUAGUCCCUGCCGCUUAUAGGGACUGUUUUCUCUUUCUUUUGUUUAACACUAAAUGUAUAGUUUUAUUCCAUUGUUUAAAUGUAGCUUGCGGCAACCAUACAGGCUUUUGUUAAACUUGAAGACGCAACUGAUCUCCAGGAAGAGCAGAAUCAAGAAGGAAGAGACGAGUUGCACUGUGAAUGAGUUUCAGUUUCCGUAGAUUUCAAACCAUGGCAUUUCCCUUCACAGUCACUGUCCUUCUAAGCCACACGCAUGUUGUAUGUAUUGGUAGACAUUUCUUCUCCAGACAAAAGUCCCUUGUAUGUGAUCAUUUAGAGGAAGUUUUAUGGAAUGCCACGCUUUAGUAAAUAUUUUAACUUGGUCCUUUCAGGUUUUAUGCUUCAAACUCUAGGAAAAAAUAAUAAUAAUAAUGAUUUCGCAUCGUGUGUAAUUCUCCCUUUAAUUGUACCACCUCCUCUUAUAUCUUUUUUGUCUAAAUUUUGCUUUUCAUAAUUGGUCAAAGUGCAAGCCAGUCACAAAUUGGGCGACUGGUAUCUAUAAAAAGGUGGUGGGGUCUAAGGCAUGUAACCUGGUCCUUUUCCCCACGAAGAAAUCUGUAAUAACCUGUUUCGUAUAUUUGAGAAUUUAGGAGUAUGAGAGUAAGGAACCAUUAAUAUAUUAUAAACAGAGCUUUGCUUUUCCAGGUGGUGCCUGUAUUAUCUCAUAAAGGGAAUCAUCUUCCUGAACAUCUUAUCCAUAGCAAAAGCUUUCAGAAGCUUUUGAACAACAGAAUAUCCAGGGAUUUUCUCCUGAGUGAGAGCCAUUGAAAAACACCAUGCUGUGUUCCUUCCCCCAGUCAUGGAUAUAGGAGAAUUGUGAUGUAUUUUGUUGUUUCAACAAUGGAAAUCUGUUUCAACUUCAUAUUAAGUAGCCUUGUGCCUAGCCUAACCAACAGUGGUCUAGGAAACAAUUCUAUGUUCUUUCUGAUAGCUCAGUUGGUGUUGCUUAUCAACUGAUCAUGAUAAGGUCAUCAUUAUAAAAUGGUGAAGGUACUACAGAUCUAGGAAAAUUCCAGUUGGUUUGAUGGAAGGGGCAGUGUAAUAUGUCACAGCACACAUGCACCUGUUGUGUAGUGUUUAUAGGAUAGAGAUGGGUGCUUAGUACUUGAACUCUAAACUCCCACCAGUCCCAGCUGGCAUGAUACUGGUAGCAGAUGAUGGAAGGAAGUCCCUUGCUCCCCCAUACUGUUAGAGAGACCUGUGUGCAGUACAUGCCCUAUGGGUACACAGCUGACUCCCACUUCUUAAAUUUUUAUUUUGCCUAUUGAAAGGGGAUACUGUAUUGAAUUGUUUUUCUGGAGAAGUUAUAAAUACACACGGCUCUUAAUCUCAGUGUCCUUGCCAGAGCUGAGGUGCGCAGAGGGGCCUUGGGUUUUCAUACUGCCUUAGGCUACAAAAUGCUCCGCUACAAAAGUUUUCUGAAGUGGCCAGAGUCUAUCCCAGGAAUAAAGUGCUUUCUGCUUUGAGAUCACCACAACAAUGUAAAGUUAGAAUAAGGCCCGUGGGAAGCAUCUGUGUCAUUUAUCUGUAUCUGGGCCCUUGUUACAGCAUAGUUGAUGGGCAUGAACCCAGAAUACUACCUACGUCAGGUUUGCCUUGAGGUAUCUCAUAAGGGUAUCAGAAGCUUCUCAAAACCAGCAUAAUAUCAGUUAUUCAGAUUGUCCCCUAGCUACAGUCAGAUUACAUUCUCUUGAUUUUUCUGAUGCAUAUUUCUUUUGAAGUUCCGAUUGUCUUAAGUAGAGAUUUAGGGGUCAGAAAAUUCACUAUGAUUUAAGCUUACAUCUGUUUUACUCCCCCUUUUUUUUAAAAAAAAAAACACACACCCCUAUUUGUUUUUGUUUAUGCUGCAUAAGUGAUAAACAGAGGAAGGGACAUUCCAAUGCACUUAAUGUCUGGAGCAAGCAGGUUUGUUUGUUUGUUUGUUUUUUGGUUUUUUGUUUGCCAAGGUCUUUCCUUGCCCCUUCUAGCAAGCCCAGUUGUAACCCACGAGUAGCACAAGGCCGUUGUGGCUUCCAGCCAUUGAGUUACAUUGUUCAGUUUUCCUCUAGGAUUAGGGCAGGGUUAUACCAUUGUUUUUAGGAUAAUUAAGGUUCGGGUAGCAAGACCUAGCGUUCAAACCUGUAUCUUCAUUUUCCUUGUAUUCUCCCCUUACAUCAGCCUUACACUACCUGCUGCUCAGAACCAGCCUGAUUUCUUUUAACGUCUGUAGCUUUUGUUUCUGUCACUUUUGUACUGAUGAAUAUAUGAUCCCUCAUCUCUUUUUAGGGGAGGAAGAGCCCACUCUACUUAAUUUUUAAAUACCGCUUUCAAUUAUGGCCAUAAAUAUCUGAGCUGCAUCCUCGGGGCCCCUUGCCUGUCCACCCCUUAAAGCAUUUAACCAAAACUAAUUUCAACAUGGAAUGGCGCGUUCACUCACUGAAUAUUGUCAACUGUUGCGUGGAGCCUCUGCGCGGUUGGGAAAGUGCCAUACCAGGUUUCAGCUUGAAAACCCAAGAGUUUAAUGGCAUCAAUUCAGCAAAGUUUCCUGAUCUUGAAAGAGCUGCGACAAUCGCUCUGUUCCUUCUGUAUUUCUAUCACUAUUUUUUUAAAGCCCUCUUUCCUUCCCACCCCCAUGAAAGCCAUAGAAUUAACUAUGCAGGCCUGGUCACGUACCCUGGUUGAUUUUGAAAUACUGAACUUUAAAGGAGAAGAAUCUCCCUCUUCUUUAACAAACCUAAUCUAGACUCCACUCCCACACUGUAGGAAGAGUAAGUGUUGUUCAUCUUUUUCUGUAAACACUGGGGUUGAGGUGGUUAAAAAUACAUGCUCAUCGAGCAGCCAUCAAACCUUAGCUCUGAUUAGCUGUGGCAACUGGUCGGCCCCAAGCAGGAGUCUGAUGAGGAUGGGAACCACUGCUCAGUGGUUGUUCCCUUAAAUUUCUUUUCUUUUAUGGAUGACACUUCAGAGUCUUACUGUAGAAUGUGCUCCCAUCUAAAUCAAGGUUUGUAUGUGUGCUUAAGAGGAAAACCUUUCCUCCCUUGAUAGCAUUAGAGGGGCCUUUGUAGGUCCUGCAUCCUUGUUCCUAACUUUAAAACAAGUUUUAAUCAGGGCUAAAAGUUUAUGCAGACGAUAGUGAAAAACAUUGUGCCUAGGUCUUUGCAGAUGUAAUCUGGGGAGGGUGGGCUUGCCGCUUGGAGGGAGGGUCACAAGUAUUGCACAGUUCUGACCAAAACCACCACAGGCAACAAAAUUUGCUGGAAGCGAUGUUCCCCUUCAGCCCAAGAGAGAUGGGUCCCCCCCUUGUAUGCGUUCUCCCAGUUUCAAUUUGAUAGGUUGAUGGUAAGAAAGCAUCACUAGCCUGACAAUGCAGCGUUUGGGAAUGGUAUUGUAGACUUUAGAGGAUUCUGAAUUUAAUUUUUAAAGGUGGCUUCGGCAUGACAUUUUCUCCAGAUUUUUCUGCUGUGGAAACUGAGGCAACGGGCAUGGUACACUUUUAACGUGUGCUCAGUAACUUCAGCGUUUCCAGUCAGUUUAAUAUUGUACAGCUCCGUUUCAAAACGAACAAGAAAUGAUUAUUGUGUGGUUUUAUUUUCCUGCUGUGGAAACUUGAUUCGUCUUUUUGAGCCACCUGAGAGACUCCUCUCGGAAAGAUGGGGGAGCUCUCCGAGUGUUCUCUUUUUAAUUUAUAUAGUGUCUUAUUUUUUAUUAUUUUUAUUUUUUACUCUUGUGCGUAAGAACUGGUAUAAAAUGUAUAUGCCGACGAGCUCAUGUUCUUUUAUGUAAAUAUUUUUUGUGCAUCCCACUUCCUCCCUUCCUUUGUAAAUAUUUAGAUUCUCAUUUCUCCGCGCUGUACGGGGACGGAUGUGUUCAUUUACUAUUCUUAUUUUUAAUUUGUACUGUAAUGCUAUGACCAGACUUCAGGUGUCUUGUGCUAUUAAAAACAAAACAGAACAACCUAACAGUCCCACAAACCUCAGAUGUACCACUCAGCAAUUAAUGAAGCCAGGUUAAAGUCU